AUGGCGUUGAGACGCUGGUAUAAACAGGACAAAGACGCCACUGUCUUUGUCGCCAACAUCGAUGAGCGCUUCACGCCCGCGCUGCUCAUGGAGCUGAUGACCCAGGUUGGCCGCGUGCGCGAGGCGCACAUGCCCCGGGACCGCAUCUCUCAGACCCACCACGGCUACGGCUUCGUCGAGUUCGAGACGCCUGCCUCGGCCGAGUACGCCUCUAAGGUGCUCAACGGCAUCCGCGUCUGGGGCAAGCCUAUCCGCGUCAAGAAAGCUAGUGCCGACGAGGAGAAGAAGGUCGAGGUCGGCGCCGAGCUAUUCAUCGGCAAGCUCGACUCGCUAGUUGACGAGAAGAUGCUAUACGACACCUUCAGCCAGUUUGGCCAGAUCCUGCGCCAGCCCACCAUCAUCCGCGACGAGAGCAACAUGUCCAAGGGCUACGGCUUCGUGAGCUUCGACUCCUUCGAGGCUACCGACAAUGCCCAGGCUACCAUGAAUAACCAGUACCUCCUGAGCAAGGCCAUCGUUGUCGAGUACGCUUAUAAAAAGGAGGGAAAUGGCGAGCGUCACGGCGACGAGGCCGAACGCAAGCUGGCCGCCGAAGGUAAAAUGCACAACAUCAUUCCCAAGCAGCAGACACUUGCCCCUGCUUUCCACAUGUAUCCUGGUGGCCCUCCCGGUCUUCCUACCGCUCCGCCCAUCUACCCCGGAAUCUCUUCCUCGAGCGGUUUCCCCGGUACCGCUCCUGCCGAUACGCCGCUGCCCCCCAGCUUCACAGCGCCCUCCGGCUUCACGGCGCCCCCCGGCUUCACGGCGCCCCCCGGAGGCGCACCUCCCGACGGACAUCCUCAACGCUAA